AGAAACAGCACGGACAGAACAUCUACAAGUCGCGCAUCCUGCAGACCUCUCCACUGCACAGGGGAGAGGGGGGAACGAAGGAGAGAGAGAGAGAGAGAGAGAGAGAGAGAGAGAGAGAGAGAGAGAGAGAGAGAGAGAGAGAGAGAGAGAGAGAGAGAGAGAGAGAGAGAGAGAGAGAGAGAGAGAGAAAAAGAGAGCAGGCUGCCUGCCUAAGGACCACUGCAGCUGUACUAAAUCUGGGGCUGUCACACCAACUCUCUCCUGAGCAGAGAGAGAGAGAAAGAAAGAGAGACAGAGAGAGAGAACAGAGAGAGAGAGAGAGAGAGAGACAGAGAGAGAGAACAGAGAGAGAGAGAGAAAAGGGAGAUAGAGAGGGAGAGAGAGACUUGGAAGAAAAUAGUGAUUUCAACAGAGUUAAGCUUUGGUCCCGUGCCUUGCCCUCGGAGUGAUGGGAACCCAGAUGAGACUCUCUACCUGCAGAUCUAACUUCAAACAGAAGAGGGGAACCUCGCGAUCGGCAGAUUAGGACUGCCUCCUCAGAGGAGUGAAGGAGGGAGAAGGAGAGAGUAGGAGAGAGAGAAGGAGAGUUAGGGGUGGAGCGGAGAACCAUUUCUACCUCCUGAAAGGUGAAGCCCUCUGGGAGGAUUUCUGACUGCACUCUUUCCUUCACAACUCUGCUUUCCCAUCCACGAGUCCUCACCUCCCCCCCCCCUCCCCCCUCGUUCCUCCGGCGCUCCUGCCUCCUCCGGGUGGAUGACUUCUCUGCAUGCACUCCCACUGCUCGGCAGCUGAACACACUCAUGGUCGAUGCCAAGGGAAGGAACAUGAAAUGUCUGACUUUCUUCUUGAUGCUUCCAGAGUCAGUCAAGAGCAAAUCAAGUAAAAGCUCCAAAAAGGGCAACGCCAGCGGGAGCUCUAAGCUGCCUCCAGUCUGCUACGAGAUCAUCACCCUGAAGAACAAGAAGAAGAAGAAGAUGGCAGGGGAUAUCUUUCCCACCAAGAAGCCGGCUUCGACCACCACGGUCCAACAGUACCAGCAGGAGAACCUCAACAACAACAACACCAUCCAGAACUGCAACUGGCAGGGGCUCUACUCCACCAUACGAGAGAGAAACUCUGUCAUGUUCAACAACGAGCUGAUGGCCGACGUCCACUUCGUGGUGGGCCAAACCGGAGCGACACAAAGACUUCCCGGACACAGAUAUGUGCUAGCGGUGGGCAGUUCGGUGUUCCACGCCAUGUUUUAUGGAGAGCUGGCUGAAAACAAAGACGAGAUCCGGAUUCCAGAUGUGGAGCCGUCAGCUUUCCUGGCCAUGUUGAAGUACAUCUACUGUGACGAGAUUGACCUGAGUGCCGACACCGUCCUGGCCACCCUCUACGCCGCCAAGAAGUACAUCGUGCCCCAUCUGGCGCGCGCCUGCGUCAAUUUCCUGGAGACGAGCCUUAGCGCCAAGAACGCGUGCGUGCUCCUGUCCCAGAGCUGCCUGUUCGAGGAGCCGGAGUUGACCCAGCGCUGCUGGGAGGUGAUCGACGCCCAGGCGGAGCUGGCACUGCGUUCUGAAGGCUUCUGCGACAUCGACUCCCAGACCCUGGAGAGCAUCCUGCAGCGCGAGACCCUCAACGCCAAGGAGAUUGUGGUGUUCGAGGCGGCACUGAGCUGGGCGGACGCCGAGUGCCUGCGGCAGGAGCUGACCACGUCCAUCGACAACAAGCGGAAGGUUCUGGGGAAGGCCGUGUUCCUGAUCCGCAUCCCCACCAUGGCGCUGGACGACUUUGCCAACGGAGCGGCACAGUCCGGCGUGCUCACGCUCACCGAGACCAACGACAUCUUCCUGUGGUACACGGCGGCCAAGAAGCCCGACCUGCAGUUCGCCAGCCAGCCCAGGAAGGGUCUGUCUCCACAGCGAUGCCACCGCUUCCAGUCCUGCGCCUACCGUAGCAACCAGUGGCGUUACCGGGGUCGCUGUGACAGUAUCCAGUUCGCGGUGGACAAGCGGGUGUUUAUCGCCGGCUUUGGCCUGUACGGGUCCAGCUGUGGCUCGGCGGAGUACAGCGCGAAGAUCGAGCUGAAACGCCAGGGAGUUCUAUUGGGACAGAACCUCAGUAAGUACUUCUCAGACGGGUCCAGCAACACGUUCCCGGUGUGGUUCGAGUACCCGGUUCAGAUCGAGCCUGACACCUUUUACACGGCCAGCGUUGUGCUGGACGGGAGCGAGCUGAGCUACUUCGGACAGGAGGGUAUGACAGAGGUGCAGAGUGGGAAGGUGACGUUUCAGUUCCAGUGCUCGUCAGACAGCACUAACGGAACCGGAGUGCAGGGAGGACAGAUUCCUGAGCUUAUCUUCUACGCUUGAGUUCACGUGAUUAUUUUAUCUCAAUUAAUUCAAAUAAAAUCUGAAUCUCAAAAAAUCGAUACGGACUGUACAUCCAGACAAUAUUGGGUUUACUUAGUCGUUCAUGUGUGAAAAGAUGUUUAACAUCCGCAUCCUGACAUUUUACAAACUGAUGUUUAGGCAUUCAGCCUUGGUCCUGUGGACGACCAUAGUGAGAACAAGGACACUGUUCAACAGAAAAUAAUUAUCUGUAAGCGGGAGGAAGAAUCGAAAAAAACACUUGAAGAUCAAUGGACUCCAUGUUGUGAUUUAUCUCCAUGUACAUAGCCUUGUAAAUGAUGUUCUGUACAUACUGCCUCAUGUGGGCUACUUACAAAGGCAUCUAAUAUAAUGAUUAUAUUACAUUAUUUUUAUGCUUGCACCAGGUGCACACACAUAUAUAUAGCAGCAAUACAUUCUAUUCUAUUAUAAUACUAGCACUUCAUGAAGCUUUCUGUACCAUCAAUUUUACACUGGAGAUUAAAGAACAGAAGAACACAAUAUUCUAACCGAACGUAUGAAAUCAUGACUCCCAUUUGAAGAAAUCGCUUUUGUUCGAAUGGAGAAGGGGACACUUAUUGAACGUUGGUUUGUAAAUCUUUGGCUUUAUGAGGAUCCAGCUUGAAUGAGACGCACCAAGGCUUGGGAGGUCUUAGACUGGAAAAGCACUUGACGUAAUGAAAUAUACAACCCCUGUUCUCAGCCGCAUGUUCCUCUGCUCUACACAUUCACUCCAAUCACAACUCACAAGUCACUUACCAUUUGGUUUUCAUCAUAUUUGCAAAAAAAAUUACAAAAAAAUACUAAUAGAAACAAUUGUACAAAUGUGUAGAGUGCACACUGUUCAGCACUAAAUGCUACAAGGAAACAGUUUGAUACUUCUUUUGGUUACCAAGUCUGUCUGCUGUAUCGUUUACAAGUGUUAUAGCGGAUUCACAACAUCUUUAAGUCACUGAAGAAGAGGGGCAACUAGUCCUGUGUUUGAAUCCUUGACAUUUAUUUACCUUAUCUACUGUAGUUGUUCAAGAACUGUAUCACAACUUCAUUUCAUGCACUAUGGUGGACUACUGUAGCGUGCAUUCACCCCAACAUAUCAGAACACACAAAAAACGCAUACGCUAUGGUUUUGCACUGAUGUUGUUUUGUAAAACUUGAGCUUAUUGUUUUGUCAGUUAUUCUUAAAAUUGCAGCUUUUCUUCCAUUUGCUCCUGCGAGGUUGUUUA